GCUGUCAUGCAGCAAACAUACGGCAGCGGCAGCAGCAGUUGCCACAACGGUAACAACGGCAGCGGCGGCAGCAUUUGCAAUCAGCAGAUCAACAACUACGGCAACAACAACAACAACAACGUCGGCAAUCAUAUGAGUGCAGGCAGUUUCUUCGGCGGGGCCAACAGCAACAUCCACAGUAGUGGCAAUAGCAAUACCGAUUAUAUGACCACGCCAACCACCGCUUAUGCGACACCAGCGACGGCAGCCACAUCCACGGUGAACACCACAACGAUGCUGUCUAAUUACUGCGAUGCCGCCACCAUGAUGAUGGCCGCUGCUGCAGUCAAUGCAAAUCAGUGCCUGCAGCAACAUCACCAGCGCAUGUUGCUCGCGGGCAGCAGCAACAGCAGCAGCAACAGCAACAACAGCAGCAGCAACAGCAACGGCGCAGCAGCAAUGCCCUCCUCAUCCUCGGCUGGCUCACUGUCAUCUGCCUCAUCGACGCCAACAGCAACAGCAACUGCAACUGCAAUUGCAACAGCAACUGCAGCAGCAACAGCCGCGCAGCAACAACAGCAACAAUCGCCGCCAAAUUUAAUCGAUAUCAGCGAAGUUCCUCUCAUUGUGGAUGUCAAGUAGUGUAAUUAUUUAUGCAUCUAGAAAUGGGGCUAUAAAGCAACCUUGUAGAUACCCCGCCCCUGCCCCCAUCCUACCACAAAAACCAUAAAACCCCCAAAAAAAAACUAUUGAAAAAUGUAAAAAAAAAAACAGUUGAAGGAUGAGCGCCGCGUAGCUUAAUUGAAUAAUUUUCCAUUUGUAGCUUUUGUUGUAACUUUGUACAUAACUCCUCGAAAUAUUCAAGUUUUUCUCUAGGCCGCCCCAGCUGUGAGCAGAACGAAUCUCAGCUGACAUAUCCCAGAGAACUUCAAAAGUUAAGCCCCAAAAAAGAAAGAAAGACGCCAAAAAACGUCUUUACAAAUGAAUGUGUAUAAUAUUUAAAUGGCACUGAGUUCUACUUAAUUUUAGACCACAAACACUUGAGAAAAUCAAUGAAAGAAGAUGCAUUGUGGAAAGAGAAAAAAAAAACCCCUAACACUUUCAAAAGACAAAACAUAAAGAUAGUUAAAAUAUUUAUAUAUGUAAUGUAGCAUAUACACGUAUAUAGUACAUAUAUGAAUACAUAAACGAAACUCUACUCCCAGUGGUUUGCAGAAAUAUACCAAAAAUUUUAAGCUAUGUUUACUUGAUGUGUGGCAAUUUUUAUGUGUGCUUUAGCAAUUUUAUUUUUACUUUAAGUAAAAUUUAAAAUUUAUAAACAUUCGAUUCUCGACUGGUUCUUCUCGCCGGAUGUAUCUCAAAGAUGCAUCUGUACGGGAAGCUCGAAUUGUUGGAAUACGAAUGCAAAAUUUAGCGAAUUUUUUAUUUAGUAACCAUUACGAGUAAAAACACAAAAUGUUCAGUGCAAGUUUCAGUUCUUAAACGAUUUUUUCGUAAGCUUAAGCAUUAUCUUAUUUAUGUGUAUAGAGUAUGAAAAGUUUUCUAUAUUUUGUAAUAAUAAAAAUUUGCGUUUACAAUGAA